AUGCAAGAACUCGGAAGUCUAGAGGAUGCUAAGGCUCUGCGGGAUUCGUUCCGUCAACCAAAGCCAACAAAUCGACGAGGCCGCGGCAAGAGCGCAAAAAACGGCGACACGACCCGAAAAGGCUCCGGUACAAAUUCUCCUUCGCAGAAAGGCCAGCGCAGCAACUCUGGCGCUGUACCUAAUGGCGCCCAGCCAACCUCACGCUCUGCUAUGCGUCCCUACCCAAACUCGACUACUAAAGGCCGAGCUAGAUCUCCCCGACCCGGUAGUGGAGGAGCUGGCCGAAAGCGCAUGAAACCUAGCGAGCAAGGCUCCAAAUCUCCAAACUACAACAGAGGUAACUCGAUGAUGGAGUCAACUCACACAGGCAGACAAGAGUUCGGUGUUACUACUACCUCUUCAUCCAAGGCACAGACACAGAUCCCUAGUCAGCCUACCGCGAGCAACUAUUUCUCGCCCGCCCAAGUCCCUUCGCUAUCUUCUAAGUCAACCGCGUUCGCUUCUCAAGAAGAAGAAAAUGACGAUCUCAUGGACUUCGAACUAUCCCCUCAAACGGAAAGCUUUGGAACUCUCAUCGCCCAGCAUACACAGCAGAGAAACAGCACUUUUCAACCCUCUUUGCCUAGCACUACGUCUAACGAGUCAUCAAUCCUAGACAUUGAGGGAAAACAGACGAUCUACCAGCCUGUCCUGCAACCCAUCUCCCGCUCCAGAACCCGCCAGGUAUCUCAGGACGAUGUCACCAUGAGCGAUGCGGGAAGCAUCAUAAGCAAUGCUGUGCCGAAGCGCAAAGGACUUAGCGCCUCGCGAUGGAACACGAACCGGCCCAAAUCUCCAGAGUCCCUGGGAGAUCCAAUGGCCAUUGACCCGCCCAGUGCCGAGAAGCGUGGCCAUAGUCGUGUUCAUCGUUCCCCUGGCCGAAUUGUAACCAAUGGCUUUGCAACAGGACCGGGCCUCGCGGACUCGCGCUGGGCUCACUAGGGCUCACUACCUACGAGGUAUUGAUAUAU